CGGAGCGCGCAGGACGCACAGCCCACCAGAGCCUUGUUGAUAUUGGAAGCUCCGUCUCUCCACGGCAGACUAUGGCAUAAGUCUUUGGCCAGAGCAGAGAGCAGAGACUGUGCGUUAAUGCACAACACAACUUUCCUGAGGGGGAUUCUGCGCCGCAGCGGGGAUGAAUGUAGGAUCUAAGCUGGGAAGACAGUGAACCUGCCACCAUGUCUCAUGCUCAAGUGGAGAUCCAUGCAGGACGCGGGUUCCCCGGCCUGGCCGUGGACAUGAGCGACGACUGUCUGCGCGUCCAGUCCGUGCUCCGGACGCACGGCCUGGGCGCACGCAGGAACUCCUACGGGCUGCAGAAGAUCAGCAUGGACCUGGACUCGCCCCUGUACGGGGGAGUGCUCUCCAAAGCCCUGUCCUGGUCCGCGGAGAACAUCCUCACCCUGGCAGAGCCCCUGGCGGAGGAGGACAAGCCCGACGACACCCCGCCGCCCUCGCCCCCGGGGCCCGGCUCUCCGGGGCCCGACUCCCCGGGGCCCGGCUCCCCGGGGCCCGGCUCCCCGGUGCCGGGGCCCCCGGGGGCCCCCACGUCCCCCGCGCACGAAGCCAGCACGGACUCAGAAAACGAGCUGCAGAACAGGAAAAACGCAACUCUGUCCCGCAUCGCGUUUGAUUCCCAGUGGGAGCAGGAGGAGAAGGAGGACGUGGAGACCAAAGCCGUGGCCACCUCUCCCGAUGGACGAUACCUCAAGUUCAACAUAGAGAUCGGACGGGGCUCGUUCAAGACUGUCUAUAAGGGACUGGACACGGAGACUACAGUGGAGGUGGCAUGGUGUGAGCUACAGACCCGUAAACUGACCAAGGCAGAGCGACAGCGCUUCAGCGAGGAAGUGGAGAUGCUGAAAGGGCUGCAGCACCCGAACAUCGUCCGCUUCCACGACUCCUGGAAGUCGACACUUAAGGGCCACAAGUGCAUCCUCCUGGUGACUGAACUCAUGACCUCAGGCACACUCAAGACGUACCUGAAGAGGUUCAAAGAGAUGAAACUGAAACUUCUGCAGCGCUGGAGUCGGCAGAUCCUCAAAGGGCUUCACUUCUUGCACACGCGCACUCCUCCCAUCAUCCACCGGGACCUGAAGUGUGACAAUAUCUUCAUCACCGGCCCCACCGGCUCCGUCAAGAUAGGAGAUCUGGGCCUGGCCACUCUCAAAAGUGCCUCUUUCGCUAAAAGUGUCAUUGGAACGCCGGAGUUCAUGGCCCCAGAGAUGUACGAGGAGAAAUAUGACGAGGCGGUGGACGUCUAUGCCUUGGGAAUGUGCAUCCUGGAGAUGGCCACCUCCGAGUAUCCAUACUCCGAGUGCCAAAACGCCGCCCAGAUCUACCGCAAAGUCACCAGCGGGAUGAAACCCGACAGUUUCUACAAAGUCAAAGUCCCAGAGCUCAAGGAGAUCAUUGAGGGCUGCAUACGUAUGAACAAAGAUGAACGGUACACCAUUCAGGACCUCUUGGAUCACCCGUUCUUCCAGGAGAACAACGGCGUGCACGUGGAGCUGGCCGAGGAGGACGACACGGUGAAGUCCGGCCUGAAGCUGUGGCUGCGCAUGGACGACGUCAAGAAGCUCCACGGGAAGUACAAGGACAACAACGCCAUCGAGUUCCUGUUCGAGCUGUACAAGGACGUGCCCGAGGAGGUGGCGCAGGAGAUGGUCGUGCUCGGCUUCGUGUGUGAGGCCGACUUCAAAAUUGUGGCCAAGGCCAUACGGGACCGGGUGACGACCAUCAAGAGGCAGAGGGAGAAGCUGAGGCGGCUGGCGGAGGAGCGCAAGAAGAAGCAAGCGCAGGAGGCCAUCGAUGAGGAGCCAGAAGCUCAGCUGCUGCUGUCGCCUAAAGCCAGCGACGGCCUAGCGCUGGAGUGCUCCAUCCCUGCCCUCUCGCCCCUGGCCCCCAUUCUGUCCCCUGUCACCAGCUCUGCAGACUCUGGUGUCAGCUCCAGCUGCCCUGCAGAGCCAGAUGAGCCCGAGGGGGACCAGCACUUCCAUGACCGCCACAACAGCUUGUCUUCUGCAACCUCUGACUGUGAGACGGACGGCGAUGUGAGUUCCUCCUGCCCCCAGGAUGCGGCGGAGGCCGGCGGCGGCAGCGCGCCGGUGACCCCUCCCUCAGCACACGCCGGCAGCCCCGCCGUUAACGGUCUCUCCCUCCCGGGACUGCGCUUCCCCUCGAGUAUCGCAGUCUGCAGUACCACUGAACGUGGCAGCUCGGGGUCUCCAAACGGCUUCAACUCCUCUGUAGACAGCUAUGCCUCUGACGUGACGUCCGGCUUGAGCGACGGCAACGAAGGCCCGUCGGAGAAGAGCGAGAAAACGGCAGCCAGACGAACGGCUGGGAAGCUGUUCAGGAGGCGGGCUCGCUCCAGGCUACGCAUCACCGGGCUCUCUGAUAAAGUGGACAGAGUGGUGGAGUGUCAGCUGCAGACGCACAAUGACAAGAUGGUGACCUUCAAGUUUGAUCUGGAUGGAGAUAACCCGGACGACAUCGCUGCUGUGAUGGUGCACAAUGAAUUCAUCCUGCCAUCUGAGAAGGAGGGCUUCAUCCACCGCAUGGGGGACAUCAUUAAGCGGGCCGAGGCCCUCAUGGCCCAGGAGCAGCCGGUCCACGCCAGCGUGCACCGCCUGGUCCAGCCCGCGCUCUACGGCGGCUUGUCUUCCUCGCAGCCUAAUCUGCACAGCCAGACCAUGCCCCGAACACACUCGUCCUCCUCUCUCCCUGACUACAGUGGGCUGAACCCGAGCGCAGGGGUACGUGGCUCGCCCCCAUGCCCCAAUGGAGGAGUCUUCGGCGCAGACGUUACUUCACCUGAGCGACCUCUAAUGCGAUCACAGUCUUUCCACACCGCCCCAGGUUCUCCUCUCCUUUACCAGCAGCGCCACCGCCCCACUUCCCUCCUGCCCAAUCACCAGCACUAUCACUUGCCCUACAUGGGUCACACUCACUUCCCGUUCCCGUACCCGGGCUCUCCCGGCUCCCUCAAGCCCUCGGGGCUGCACCCUCCGCUCACGCGUGUAGCCAGCAACCCAUCCUUCCCUUCUGUUCCCUCCCCGGCCCCCAGCUCCCCCAGCCCGCUGAACGACAGCUCCAGUCCCACUAAAGAGAGCGUGGCCAUGUCCCCACCGGGCCCUCAGCACCCCAGCAUCUGGCCCCCGCACACUCAGCCCUUAUUCUCCCUGGCAAACGUCAUCUCCAUGGCGAUGAGCAUGGCUCAGUCCUUCAUCCCUCCUUCCAGCCUUCCAGCUCAGGGGAUGCCCUCUUAUCCAGGCUUCCACCCCCACCUAACCAGCCCCCUGAGCCCUCAGGCAGGUUACCCAUCUGUCUACCCACAACAUUACCAAGCGCCACAGGUGGAAGUCCCGUAUCCUUCGCUGGGCAUCUCGGCGGAGAAUCUGUACCACAGCCCGGAGCAAGGGCCUCACAUGAACGGAGUGGACUAUCACCACAGCAGCGGGCCACUAUGGCCGCACACUCCGUCUCCCACGCUGCCUCCUCCGGCCCGGGCUGCUCUGGAGCAGGGCGGCCUCCCCGGCCUCCCCGGCCCGGCCCAGGACGGCAGUUAUGUGCCACCGUACUUGCACCCAGUUCGAUCCCAGGCUAGGACUCGUUCGGAAGACAGCAAAUCAAGCUCUUCAUCAGAUCUCUCCCCGUCACCCCCAGUGAGCCCUGAAACCACUUUAUCGGCCUUCAGCAGUCCGUUACGCCCGUCUGGACCCCAGGUGAAAACGAGCAGCCCCAAACUGAGAGCCUCUUCAUCUGAACCCGAGGUCCAGUCAGCCCCGGUGACCGUCGGGAGAUUCCAGGUGACGACCAGCACAGACAUCCCCGAGCCUGCCGUAGCGGUGAAAGCUGCCUCCCCGCCGGCCAACGCCACCCAGUCGGAGAGCAGCACGGAGGACCAGGAGGAGUCUGAAACCUCCCUGGGAACCUCCCUCACCAUGUCUCCUCCUCACCCACAUCCCAGCAGAGGCCCCGCCGGCAUCCUGCAGGAGGCCGACGGCAAGAAACGGUGGACCCUGAGCCAGGAGCCGCAGCAUCAGCAGCAUCAGCCGGACGGGGAGGAGGAUGAGAACGAGGAUGAGGAGGAGGAGGAGGAGGAGGUGGGAGUGGGCGAGCGGCCCAGGGUGAGGAAGAGGAACCGGAGGAGAGCCUACAGCCUGAGCCUGAUGGGGACGUCGGCCGACAGCGGGCUCUCGGUGACGGCGGCCGAGACGGACGGCAGGCUGUGGGACGGAGCGGCGGGCAGCCCGCAGUACACCAACGCCCUGCACAACCUGUGGAUGAUGACGUACAACCGCAACACGCCCUACCUGAGCAGCGACGACUCCGACAGCGAUGACGAGGACAUGCUGGAGGAGCUGCAGGAGCUCAGAGAGAAGCACCUGGCGGAGGUGCAGGCCCUGCAGGCGGCUCAGAAGAGAGAGAUCGAGGAGCUGUACGAGAGGAUGGGCAAGGUGCCCCCCCCGGGGAUCGUCUCUCCCGCUGCCAUGCUGUCCAGCCGGCAGCGCCGCCUGUCCAAGGGGAGCGGCUUCCCCUCGUCUCGCAGGAACAGUCUGCAACGUGUGGACAUGCUGCCCGUCCAAGGUGUCAUCAGGAGGAAUUCCCUGGGCGGCAGCAGCAGCGACUCACAAGAGAAACCCAGCAAAGGGGUGACCUUUGCCACUGACGUGAGCAGAAUGUAAAAAAAAACAAACUCUCAGCCAAUCACGCUGUAUAUCUGGACUACCUCAUCUCAAGAGCGACUGCAAGCGGUCAGAACUGUCCCCGAGGAGGAUGCUCUUCCCCGUCCCCCUGGCACACCCCCGGCUCCUCUUCGUCAGCCACUGGCGGUACCUCAAAUGUAGAAAAACUGUCUUCGGCGGAGCUGAAUCAACACAGGAACAUUGGGUUUUGGGUCCUCCGUCAUAUCUGGUGACGUUAUUGCAGCUGGAGCGCAGAGCACCAACGAGUCUGGUUCAUGUUAAAAAGUGACUUUUUUUCUUUCUUUUGGCUCUACUGUAAAUAAACUGUCAGACCCAACGGUUCAGACGUCACAAACACGCCACAAUACUCUGCAGAACUUUUAUGAAAUGUUUUUUUUUUCAGCCCUGCCUGACGCAGUCGAGCGAUGGUACAAAGUGCUGCAGACUUGCGGCACUUGACCAUUAAAUUGACCCAGAAUGAAAGUAGCUGAUGUUUUCCUGCUUGUCCAACUUAACAGAGUUAAUCAAUUUUAGUACAGAAAUGUGAACCACACCGAGGCUCCAUCGCUUUUAUUGACCGCUAAUAUACAUAUUUCACUGCUAUAGCUCUCCCUUUAACGGCUAAAUUUGAAUAUUGUGAAUAUCUUUGUGUUGUGCUGCUGAAUGCAGAGAUCCAUUAUACCCGGAGUAGGGCUGUGUAAUUCCCUGGGCUGUCCAUGACGCUCUAGAUGCACUGUACAGUUUGAUUUAUUCAUAUAUGCAUUAUGAAAACAGUAUGUUGGCGUCUGUCCUUGGUUUCUGUGGUGAAUUGAUGAUAUGACCAUCAUUCAGCUCAGUUCAACAGUUCAGAGAGGGAAAAAAAAGACCUGUUUUCUAAACUAUUCAAAGUUUGUUUGGGGUUCUGAAGUGCAUAAAUCAUGAUCUCACGGAGAAAAUAUUUUUAAUAUUCUGUAGGUGACUUAAAAUGUGGGGAAAACGUCACGUGGUCAUAAUCAUUAGUUGUAAAAACCCACGUAGGUUUCUGACUACUGGCCUCCCCGUUGACUGUACAUCUGUAUAUAACUCAGUGCAUUUAUAGACGUUUACAAGUUCCAUGUAAACUACCUUUUUUUUUUUGCUACCUUAACUCUUGAUGGAGCAAAAAGAAAAAGAAAAUGUGUUUCUUGUUCCAUAGAUCAAGCACCUUGUGCACUUUAGCAAAGUCCUAUUUUAGUUAUCAAUCAUUUAACAUAUUUAUGAUUGAGCCUGUCAUUUGCCCACAAUGGAGGUCAAAUAUUGUUGCACAUUUUUGAACGCAGGAUUUCACAUUUGAUCACAGUGGUGAUUGUUUCCCCACAGUGCUGACUAUAUUUAAGGGCGCAGAGAAAUCAGUCCAAGCUGUGAACCUUUAGCCGAUGCCUUACAAACUAUCCACCACACACUGAAUUAAUGGCCUGCUCGUCUCCCUCCUGUAAUAUAUUCAAAUAAAAGUUAGAAUUCAGAAUAUUGAAUGUAUAAAUAUAAUUAUAUUGCUUUCUGAAGCUGCUGUCCUGCCAAGCUGAAUCUGUGCCUUUCCCUUACAAUGUCUUACUUUAUAUUUUUAUUUGAUUUUUGUCAGUAGAGCAGAUUCUAUAUAUUAAAUUUUGACAAAAAUAAA